GAGCUUGGUGCCUACAUUAAAAAAAAAAAAAGGCAAGGAGUCAUGUUGCCAGCUCUGGUAGGGCAAGCAGGCAGCUGAGGAGCCAGACCUGGUGAGGGGAGCGGGACCCUGGCCCGUCCUGCUGUGGGGCCCCAGCCACAGGCUCCCCAUUCCAGAUCUCCAGGAUUGGAGUUUCCCAGGAUGCUGGCUAAGACACAGCUUCCCAGACCUAAGGGAUCAGACUCCGGGAGCAGCGGGUCUGGGUCUCGGAGCCUGAAGGGCCGGGGACCUGAUGGGGACACCCAGCCACUGUCCUCCAACUCCGCGGGGCCCAGCGUUCUCUCAUUAGGUAGACGUGAAGUGAUUGCUGGGAUGGAGUCGAGCCCAGAGUCGCUGGCGUGCUGCGUGGGCGUCCAGCAUCUUCAUGCCGUCGGGCGUGUUGCAGCCUUGCGCACGCUGGCCAGACCGGGUGAGCCCCGGGCCUCUCUUGUGCGUGGCACCUUUCCCAGCCCGCUGGGCCUUGGAGAGGUCGAGAGACCGGAGAGAGGGGGGCUCCGGCCAGAUGAGGAGAUGACCAGAAACUCAGGACGGGGACGAUAUAAAGAGACUCAUAGCAAAUGCUUCCAGGUUAAAAGCAGAGCGUACAGGGGGCCUGCCUGCGGGUGCCCCCAACCCGGAGGGCCCCAGGGGUGAUCCAGGUGGGCCAGCCUGGCGGGACAGAGGAGCCGGGCCCGGGGCAUCCAGCCACGUGUGGCAGACACUGUGUGCCCGCCGCACAUUCAGAGGUCAUGAGGCUUGUGGGGCCCCUGGAGCCCACGCUCAGGGCUGGCGCUGGGGCCCGACGCGAGCCGGCCCAGCUCUGCCCCGCCUGGAGUGCCACACUGUCUGGGGGGUGGAGGAGCAGACCAUUGUCCCCAGCCGAAGGGCCGUGUAAACGGGCACCCGAGGGCAGUGUGCCCCCACCAGGGCCCUGGGCUGGGCGGCCAGGUGAGCUGGAGUUGGCACCCCGGGAGGCCGGAGGGGGCGUGGCAACGGGCAGAGCACGACGCAUCCUGAGCCCUGAGGCGUGUUGGGACAGUCAUGGACCCGGUGGGCAGACCCACGGGGAGCACAGGUUUGGGGGGAAGCUCCAGAGACAGGCAGAGGAUGGGCCACUACCCUCAGCUUCCUGGAAUCCAGGAGCGCUGGCGUCUUGCAGGAGUCCUGGAGUCGGAGUCCCCCUAUUCCAGAACCUUCCGCAGAAAGGCCUUGUGCUACCUCAGCAUCCCUCCUCCUCCAUGGCUCUCCUCCUGUCAUGGUCGCUCAGCUGGGCAGCGUCUUCCUGGGGCAACUGCCCGGGGACCGUCCCUUCCCUCCCCCGGCCAGAAUCUCCCCUCUGGCACCUGUCCUGCUGCUUCGGGCUCUGUCCUCUAGAGUGCUGUCCUCAGCCCCCUUGGGAGCCGGGCCGUCGGCUUCUAUGCCGCGUGGCAGGGAGCAUGAGGGCUGGUGAGGGGUCAGGUGUGCCUCCGAGGUGUACCCCUCGGGGGGCUUGGGGGUCUCUCUCUCUCCUCUCGUUCACCUGGUCUGUGUUCUUGAAGAUUUUCGCGUGCUCGCCGGCCCCCCCCCCCGUGAGCCUGCCCUCAGGGUCCACGCUGGGAAUCACACUGCCCUGCACUCCUGUGGGACCCUCCCUGCUUCAUGAGCAGCUCCGAAGUGCCCCUUCCUGGAAGCCUCCGUGAAGCCCCAGCGGAGACCGGCUUCUCUCGGCGGCGGGCUGGCCACGCUCACCUGUUCCCAUUGCCGCCUCUCCGGGGCGGCCGGAAGACCCGUCCGCUCAUCCUUCCACACGUGCCUCUUCCAAAAUCCUCUCUCACUGAGCCUGGGCUGGAAUGUCCGGGUCACCUCCAGGGAAUAGAAAGCAGUAGGAGUGACCACGUGUCACUUCCGAGACAGUCACCGAGGCAUCGUGGCCACCUCCUGCCUCCCUGUCUUCGAUCUCCAGCUCUGGGGGGGAUGUUGGGAGCCCCAUCGGGAGUCGUCCUAUGGAGAGGCCCAAGGGUCGAGGGCCAGCGGCAGAUGCCAGAGACACCCGCCUCCCAAAGCCCCAGCUAUUUAAGGCCGGCCAGCAGCUGGCGAGUUGGUCGAGGCCACCCCGGUGGCGGCAGACCGCUGUCAGGCAGGCAGACGCAGGGCCUCUCCCAGCACAGCGCUGUCAAUGGAUUUUGUGGCUGGAGCCAUCGGAGGUGUCUGCGGUGUUGCUGUGGGCUACCCCCUGGACACGGUGAAGGUCAAGAUCCAGACAGAGCCCAGGUGUGGGGCUUCUACCGAGGCCUCUCGCUGCCCGUGUGCACCGUGUCCCUGGUCUCGUCCGUGUCUUUUGGCACCUACCGCCACUGCCUGGCAUGCAUCUGCCGCUUUCGCUAUGGCAGCCCUGAUGCCAAGCCUGCCAAGACUGACGUCACGCUGUCCGGAUUUGCCUCUGGCCUGGUCCGCGUGUUCCUGACCUCGCCCACAGAGGUGGCCAAGGUCCUCCUACAGACGCAGACGCAGACGCAGCGGCGCCCUUCGGCCUCAUGGCCCUCGGCUGCGCCCCCACUGUGUCCCGCGCCCCCACUGUGUCCCGCCCCCCCUGCCGGUUCCAGGCCCAAGUACCGAGGGCCAUUGCACUGUCUGGCCACGGUGGCCCGCGAGGAGGGGCUGCAGGGUCUCUACAAGGGCAGCUCGGCCCUGCUCUUUCGCGACGGCCACUCCUUCGCCACUUACUUCUUAUCUUACACCAUCCUCUGUGAGCAGCUCACGCCCGCUGGCCACAGCCAGCCAGAUGUGUUGGGCGUGCUGGUGGCCGGGGGCUGUGCUGGGGUCCUGGCCUGGGCUGUGGCCACCCCCAUGGAUGUGAUCAAGUCACGCCUACAGGCAGAUGGGCAGGGCCAGAGGCGCUACCGUGGCCUUCUGCACUGUGUGGUGACCAGCGUGCGCGAGGAGGGGCCUCGGGUCCUCUUCAAGGGGCUGACGCUCAACUGCUGUCGCGCCUUCCCCGUCAACAUGGUGGUCUUUGUUGCCUACGAAGCCGUGCUGAGGCUCAUCCGGGGCCUGUCAAUGUAGCCAGUCCUGAUGCCCCUGGGGCCGACCCGCCGCAGCUUCCUGAGGUCCUGGGGGCUGGAGGAGGCGCUGGAGAGUCUUGGGGUCUGGGCCCACGGAGCCGCCGCCCAGGACAGCCUGAGCCUCCCUGGAGCCUGAGUUGCUGUGCUUGGGGCUACAGGACCACAGGGAGUCUGAGAGGCCCAUCUGCCAGCAGCCUGGGGUUGGUGUGAGGGUCAUAUGGCCAGGGAGAAGUGGGCUUCUUGGAUGAGGACAUCCGUCCCAUGGAGUCGCUGGAGCACGUCGUCGGAGUUCCAGCUUCCUGGUCACCCCUCCCAGCCGCCCGUGUCUUCGGAGCAUCCCUGUGCCUCCAUCCAGUCCUCUGCUGUCCCCUGGCCGCCCUCCCCGCGGGGCCCCCACACAGCUCUACUUGGCUGUUUGGUGAGCUCUAGGGCACCUGCCCGCGUGCUCCCCACACGGGGCUGCUCAGAGAGGGCACUGACCGGACGGCCAAAGCCAGACCUGCUCCUGCGCCCUUGCCCUCUGGGAGAUCCUGGAGAUCGAGCAGGGAGCUGUUGAUAAUAAAACGUCUUUGGGCCUGC